AUGCGAUGCUUCACGACGAUGGACCGGUGCUGGGCGCCGCCGGCCCAUCGUCGGAACCUCCGCUCGCGAAGCGAGCGCAAGGCGUCCAAGCAGCUGCUGCUCACGUCUGCGGAUCAGCCCUCGGCGGCCGCACCCGCGGUGCCGGCGAGAGCAGGGGUGAUGCCGCCGCGGCCGCCGCCACAAGGCCGCAGCAUCAGUGGGGCGCGCGAGGGAAGCAGCAGCACGGGGCUCAGCCGUGGCGGCGGCUGGAUGGUGAGCCUGGGCCUGUUCUGCUCGGCUGUGCUGUGGGUGGUGUGCGCGGUGGGGCUGCUCGACACGCAGGGCACCCUCGUGCAGCGCACCUUCGCCCUGCUGGCGGGCGCCCUCGCAGUGCUGCUCACGCCCUACUCGGGCUUUGGCUUCCGCGCGCGCGCCGUGCACGCAAUCGCGCCCGUCAUCCCGAGGCCGAUCCGGCUG